AUGGUCCAGCCAUCGCUGCUGCAAGCAUUGCGGGCAAAGCUUUCCGCAGCUGCAUCAAGCGCCUCCGUUUACAGGGAUGGAUACGGUCUUCUGACUGUUGUCGCCAUCACAAUCUUUGCCUUCAUCUCGAGCUGCUGUGCGAUAGUGUCAACAAGGGCGUUUCUUGUUACCGAAAACUGUGAUGCACGUCGUUCAGACUCGGUUCUCGGAAUGCAUGAGCGGCGGCAUCGGCUUCUGCAAUCCCUUCACUCGCUGGGGGGCAGACCAAGUGCCACUCCCAAAUUCAGACCCAACGCUCGCGUCAACAAGCCCUGGAGACAGUUGGUUAUCGACACUCCUCUAGAAGGCGAUCGACUCGGCGUAAACCUCACAGAGGACACCCUCGUCAUCACAAGCUUCGCAGACCCUCGUGCUGAAACUUUCGGGUUUAAGGUGGGCGAUCGAAUCGUGCAUAUCAAUGGCGUGCCGGUAUUUCAGCAGUUGGACUUUCUUCAAGUUCUUUCAGGCGCAAUGCGUGAUUUCCACCGACUCAAGCAGCCCAUCGUUGUAACCACGGUCGAUCCCACGUCCAGCACCAGCGGCUCGAACAGCAAGCUGGACAUGACUGGCCUGGAGAUGCAGGAUGUGUGCGGCAGAUGGCAACUCAGCAGUGGUGAAAACUUCAUCAUCAGUAGAAUGCCUGGCGUCGAGCAGCUACAGCUGACACUCCUCAUUGGGGACAGCACAGCUUCAACAGGCUUGAUCGUUCCUGAUGGACCCGACCUUCGAUGCAACCUGUACCGAUUGGACAACAGCGAAUUCGGCGAAGCAUGGCUCAGUUUCAAUAUGCAGUCGCAGAAGAUCGAGGCUUCAUUGAAGCCGGCUGGAUCCCAGCACUUCGGCAAGGUCUUGCUUGCCGCAAGAGUUGCAGGAGGACCUUCUUCGCAAGCCACACCUCUGCCGUGCCCACGAGACUUCCCUGGCUCACGCUCUGUGCCAUCGUCAUCGUCCUGGCCAGUGUCUUUGACAUCCCUGCCGCCCAAGAAGCUGUCCGGGGAAGAGAUCUGA